AUGACUGUUCUCACCACUUUGGCGCCGGUGCCAGCCGACGAAAUUUUCGCUUUGAACGGCGCAUUUGCUAGAGACGACUACCCACAGAAGGUCAGUUUGGGAGUGGGUGUCUACCGCACAGACGACGGCAAACCAUGGCCUCUUCCAGUCGUACGUGAGGCAGAGAAGCGCCUGUUCGCCGAAGACAACCUAUCCCGUCAUGAGUACACUACCAUUCAGGGCGACGUGCGUUUCGUCGAGCUUGCCCGGGACCUGAUGUUCGGUUUUAACGCGAAGGACGCCUCGGAGCAGCUCAAGAAAACCAAGGGCCGAAUUGCCUCUGUUCAGGCCGUUGCAGGCACGGGUGCCAACCAUCUCGGUGCGCUCUUCCUGUCCACUCAAAUGAAGCCCAAAAAUGUCUGGCUCUCCAACCCUUCCUGGGCCAACCACCUGACCAUCUGGGAACUGGUGGAUGUUCCCCGGAAGACAUAUCCUUACUACAACGCCGCGACACGCUCCUUCGAUUUCACCGGCAUGAUGUCCACCCUCGAAUCGGAAGCACAAGAGGGAGACGUCAUUCUCCUACACGCCUGUGCCCACAAUCCCACCGGCCUCGACCCCACCAAGGAACAGUGGAAGAUCAUCGCUGAUCUGUGCGAGCGCAAGAAGCUCUUCCCUUUUUUUGACUCCGCCUACCAGGGUUUUGCCUCCGGUUCUGCGGACGAAGACGCCUGGGCUAUUCGCUAUUUCCUCAACGAGAAGCCGUCGAUGGAAAUGUGCGUGGCCCAGAGUUUCUCCAAGAACUUUGGUCUCUACGGCCAACGUGUCGGCGCAUACCACUACGUCUUGAACGACGGCGGCCAGAAUCUCCGCGACAUUGUCGUCAAUAAUCUCUGUCAUUUGAUCCGGGGCGAAUAUUCAAUGGGCCCCACUGCCGGCUGCGGUAUCGUUAAGAAGAUCCUGACGGACGAUGAGCUAACCGCUCAAUGGCACGAGGACCUGAUGGUCAUGAGUUCCCGUAUCAGGUCCAUGCGAAAAGCGCUCUACGAUGAGCUUAUAAGGCUCGAGACUCCUGGAACGUGGAAGCACAUUGUCGAACAGAAUGGAAUGUUCUCUUACACAGGGUUAACACCCUCGCAAGUAUACGCUCUGAAGGACAAGUAUCACAUCUACCUGCUCAAAUCUGGCCGAGCCUCUAUCAGUGGGUUGAGCGAGAAAAAUGUCAACUACGUGGCCCGGGCUAUCAACGACGUUGUGCGCAACGUCAACUAA